CCAAGCAUGUCGGAUUCUGAAGAGAUAGUCGAAGAAUAUGAACAGGAGCAGGAAGAGGAAUAUGUCGAAGAAGAAGAGGAAGAAUGGAUAGAGGAAGAAGACGAUCAGGAAGAACACAUAGAGGAAGUAGAAGAGGAAACUGAAGAAACCAAGGCAGAAGAACAAGAAGAUGAAAAUAAAGCAUCAGGAGAAGAUGGAGAGGGGGACAGAGAGCAGGAGCCUGGGGAAGGUGAAUUGAAGCCAAAGCCCAAGCUCUUCAUGCCAAACCUGGUGCCCCCUAAAAUCCCAGAUGGGGAGAGAGUGGAUUUUGACGAUAUCCACCGCAAGCGCAUGGAGAAGGACCUGAAUGAACUGCAGGCCCUCAUCGAAGCUCACUUUGAGAGCAGGAAGAAGGAGGAAGAGGAGCUGAUCUCCCUCAAAGACAGGAUUGAGCAACGACGAGCAGAGAGAGCAGAGCAGCAGCGGAUUCGCAGUGAGAGGGAGAAGGAGCGCCAAGCCCGCAUGGCUGAAGAGAAAGCUCGCAAAGAGGAAGAGGAGGCCAGAAAGAGGGCUGAAGAGGAAGCCCGGAAGAAGAAAGCGUUCUCCAACAUGCUGCAUUUUGGAGGCUACAUGCAGAAGACAGAGAAAAAGGGUGGGAAGAAGCAAACAGAGCGGGAGAAGAAGAAGAAGAUCCUCAGUGAACGGCGGAAGCCCCUGAACAUUGACCACCUCAACGAAGACAAGCUGAGAGAUAAGGCCAAGGAGCUGUGGCAAAGCAUCCGUGACCUGGAGGCUGAGAAAUUUGACCUGCAGGAAAAGUUCAAGCGGCAGAAAUAUGAGAUUAACGUUCUCCGAAAUCGCGUUAGUGAUCACCAGAAGGUUAAAGGGUCAAAGGCUGCCCGUGGGAAGACCAUGGUGGGUGGCCGGUGGAAAUAGAUGACUUAGAAGGCAAAGGUGAGGCUCAGCCAUGGAGAGGCAUAUUGCCUUUUGGUCAACCAGCUGGUUUCCCUAGGUCAUGGAGCCUGCAUCCAUCUCUCCCCUGCUGUAAAACUGCAUAGUGCUUACAAGG